AAAUUGAAAAAAAGCAUGCACGUGCAUUUGGAAACUCCUUUCCCCCUACAAUACAGCCCAUUUUUCAAUUGGAAAACUUUGCCAAAUUCGCCUCUCCCCCAAGCAACAAAGCUCUCUCUCUCUCCUUUUGUCCUCUGCCGAGAGACCCUUCGUCACCGUCAAACCCUAUCAAGAAAACCCCAUUUCUUCCAAAAGUUGGACCCAUAUGCAAUGGCGGAGCCAAGAGAUAGAAUCACGAGAGCCGUUGAUAUGGCACAAGUCUUCGCUCGAAGCCGGUCUGGGCCUUUGGGAAUUCUCUCCGAUGAAUCACGGGAGUUGUUAGGCUCCCCUGUUCAACGAGCAGUUACUCGUAGGCCAAUGGGAGUUGCUGUAAAUACGUCUGAUGGAGGGCUCCGCAGGGGCAGCAGUUUUGGGGCCCCAAGGUCCGGGAUUAGAAGUAGCCGGAAUCUUUACCCGGGAAAAGAGAAUACUCCGGUGUCUGUGACUGCCUUGGGCCGUGGAAGGGGCAGUGUGUUACCUUCUUGGUACCCAAGAACUCCUCUCCGUGAUAUUACUGCUGUUGUAAGGGCCAUUCAAAGGAGGAGGGCUUGUGUAGGAGAAGGCGAAGGCCAAAUACUUGAGAGCCCAGCAUUGAGGGAUGAAAGCGUUCUUAAUUCAAAUUUAUCAUCAGCUACUCAACUCAAGCACAAUUUCUCUGCUCCAGCUACAACUGCCAGAAUGAAGCCUUGUCCUCUAUCAGUCCAUAAUGUGUCAAAGAUUUUGCUUAAUGUCAAUAAUCAGAAUGCUGAGGAAUCUGAGAUUCUUACACCACAAAAGAAACUCUUGAACUCAAUUGACACUGUAGAGAAAGCUGUGUUGGAGGAAUUGCAGAAGAUGAAGAGGACUCCCACUGCCAAGAAAGCAGAAAGACAGAAGAAAGUCCGCACACUGAUGUCAAUGCGCUAAUCUUGAGUGCAUUGUGCAACCACGUAUGACUAGAUAGCAUAGAUACUUUCUAUCUUCUUCUACAAUUUAACAUACUACUAAAUGUCUCACUAUAGGAUAUACUUUUUAACUUCUUUUACAGUUUGACAUAUUACUACAUGUCUCACUAUAGGAUCAGAAGUCAAAUUUCCUUCAAUACUUUGGUGUAGGAAUAGAAGGAUUUGUUUCAAACUCAUGUAGAUAAACAAUUGGUUUGGUUUCUUAGCUCUAUAUUCAUGUUACUAUGUUCUAAUCAAGUAUCAUAAGAAUGGAUUCUACCAAUAUUUGUUGAACAGGCUUUCGGGUUU